UCUGUUGUGAUUAAAGAUGGCGGCAGCCUUUACUGCAGACUACGAAGGACUAUACUCGAUCCAUAAAAAAGCGGUGGGAGUUGUCUGCGAUUCAACACAACAGAACCAAGAACCUCACAGUAAGGUAAACCAGCAGGAACAAAUGGAUGGAAAAGACAAACUGUCAUGGCGACGUUCUGCUUUGGCCAGGCCUUCUUCUUUCAAGGUGAUGAGAGGGAAGCUGCCAUUACCGCAGCCCUGUGUGUUAAAACAUAAUGCUAUGGAAUCCUCAGUAAAUGGAUGUACUGCUGGAGGAUGUCUGAGGAAGACAGUCAAACUCAAGGAGUUUCUUUGCAGUGGAAUAAGUAGAGGUCUGGAUCUAAUAGUUGUGCAGUGUGGGCUCUGCGGGGACGUGGUUUAUGGAUGCUGGGACUAUGAGCAUAAGCGACAACAGGAACUACUUAGCAGACCUGGGAGGCAGCUUCACUGAGGAUGCUCCUAGACCUCCAGUUCCAGGGGAAGAAGGUGAGCUGGUGUGCAGUGAUGGGCGCCAGUACAGCAACUUCGGGUUCUCCUCCAAGAACGAGAGCCUCAAAUGUGAGUCGUCUGUGGCUACACCCAGGCGCCCUGACUUGGACCUUGGUUAUGAGCCGGAGGGAAGUGCCUCCCCUACUCCGCCUUACUUAAAGUGGGCCGAAUCUCUCCACUCCCUCCUGGAUGACCAAGAUGGCAUCCACCUGUUCAGGACGUUUCUCAAGCAGGAGGAGUGUGCGGACAUGUUGGACUUCUGGUUUGCGUGUAGUGGCUUCCGCAAACUCGAAGCCAAUGAGGGUAACGAGGAAAAGAAAGUCAAACUGGCAAAAGCCAUCUAUAAGAAAUACAUCCUGGACAACAAUGGGAUUGUUUCCCGACAGAUUAAACCGGCCACCAAGUCAUUCAUCAAAGACUGCGUCAUGAAACUUCACGUUGACCCUGCAAUGUUCGACCAGGCUCAGACUGAGAUACAGACUAUGAUGGAGGACAACACAUAUCCCUUGUUUCUGAAGUCUGACAUAUAUUUGGAAAACACGCGGACAGGUGGAGAGAGCCCUAAGCUGUUCAGCGAUCACAGCUCUCUUUCUGGGAACGGAAAGGGAUUGUCGGGUUAUUUACCGACUUUAAACGAAGACGAGGAGUGGAGAUGUGACCAGGAGCCAGAGGAGCAGCCCGAGUGUGACCCAACGCCGAGCAACCGGCUUACCCAGAAGCUGCUGAUGGAGACGGUCCCGCAGCGUGUUGCCAACAGCGGCAGAUUCCAGGACAGUCACGAGUACAGGUAA